AUGGAACUUCGAAUAACACGUUUAACGACCCUUUGGCCUUCAAUCCAUCAUUUUCAGGUCAUUUUGUUAUUCUAUACAAGUUUACUAUGCUUGCAACCACCUACCGAUUGUCUCAGGAAUUUGGGAAAUGAAACUGAUCGACUUGCACUCCUGGAAUUCAAAUCCAAGAUAGGCAAUGAUCCACAUGACGUCUUCAGCUCCUGGAAUGAUUCUGUCAACUUCUGCAAAUGGCAGGGGAUUACUUGCGGCCGAAAACACCACAGAGUUACAUCUCUAAACCUGUACGGGCUGAGCUUGUCUGGAACCAUUUCUCCGUUUAUAGGGAACCUCACCUUCUUAAGGUUCCUCAAUCUUCGCAACAACAGCUUCCAUGGUGAAAUUCCUCAAGAAGUUGGCCGCUUGUCCCGACUGAGACACCUCAACCUGACAGAUAACAGAUUGGGAGGUGAAAUUCCACUUAACAUCACCUACUGCUCAGAGCUCCGAAUCCUGAUAUUGGCUAGAAAUAGAUUUGUGGGUAAAAUUCUCGAUGAACUUGGCUCUUUGAAAAAGCUUGUGUCACUUGACCUCUACGGAAAUAAUCUCACAGGAGAGAUCCCACAUUCAUUUGGAAACCUUUCGUCCUUUAAACAUUUAUCUGUAGCUGUCAAUAAUCUGGCUGGAAAUAUUCCAAACAAGUUGGGGCAAUUGACAGGCUUAACUUUCUUCUCGGUUGGAGUAAAUAAUCUAAUAGGUACAAUCCCUGGCGCCCUGUACAAUAUCUCAUCUAUCAAUGUCCUUUCGGUGCCAGAUAAUCAGUUGAAAGGGAGUCUUCCAGCGAACAUAGGCCUCACUCUUCGAAAUCUGCAAGAUUUCUACAUUGGUGGAAACCAGUUUUGUGGAACUAUUCCAAGUUCAUUCACCAAUGCUUCUCUGCUUGAAAUAUUUGACAUCUCUGGCAACUUUUUCACAGGACAAGUUCCAAACAAUUUUGGAGAUUUAAGGGAUCUGCAGCAGGUGAAUUUCGAAUUCAAUUUUCUGGGCAGUGACACAAGUCAAGAUUUGAGUUUUAUAACAUCUUUGUCAAAUUGCAGCAAUCUAGAAAUUCUAUCUUUUGCUAAAAAUAAUUUUGGCGGUGUAUUACCUGCAGCCCUAGCCAAUUUGUCAACCAAACUGAGCCUAUUAGGGGCUGGAGGCAAUCGAAUAUCUGGAAGACUUCCAUCGGAGGUUGGGAAUCUUGUGAAUUUGUAUGCAUUAGGCUUGGAGGAAAACCAUUUUUCUGGUACCAUACCAAUUUCUUUUGGGAAGCUUAGAAAGUUGCAAAAACUGUAUUUGCAUACAAACCUAUUAUCUGGACAAAUCCCGCCAUCCUUAGGCAACCUCAGCCAGCUAUAUGAACUACAUUUAGGUGAAAACAAAUUACAAGGAAACAUAACAAGUAGUAUUGCAAACUGCCAAAACCUGCAAGCUCUAGAUAUUUCAAACAAUUUCCUUAUUGGCUUCAUACCCCCGGAGAUCAUUGGUCUUUCCUCUUUAUCAACAAUUCUCAACUUAUCACACAAUACAUUGACAGGUCCCCUACCCCAAGAAAUCCAUAAACUGAAAAAUAUUAAUGCCCUGGACGUGUCACAAAACAAACUGUAUGGGGAAAUUCCUGAGACAAUAGGGGAUUGCUUGAUGCUGGAAAACCUUAACAUGCAGGGCAACUUUCUCCAAGGAUCAAUUCCCUCAACCUUGGCUUCAUUGAGAGGUCUCCAACAUCUAGACCUAUCAAGAAACAAUUUGUCCGGAAACAUUCCGAAGGAGCUACAUAAGCUCCCCUUUUUGCAAUAUGUGAAUCUUUCCUUCAAUAAUCUUGAGGGUGAAGUACCAAGAGAAGGAGUGUUCAGCAAUACAACGGCAGUUUCACUUGUUGGAAACAAAAAUCUUUGUGGAGAUAUCCCAGAACUGCAGCUACCAGCAUGCCCCAUCAAGCGAAAGAAACACAAAAAUUCUCCUCUUGCCAUUAUCCUUGCAACAGUUAUCAGUUCAAUUGUGCUUUCCAUGGCGAUAACAUCUUUAAGGGUUUUGUGCUGGCGAAAAUCAAGAAAGAAUCCAUCAUCCAGUCCCUUUUGUUUGGAUAAGCUCCUUCGAAUUUCCCAUAAGGAGCUUCACCAAGCAACUCAGGGAUUCUCUUCAGAAAACUUAAUUGGGCAAGGUAGUUUUGGCUCUGUAUAUAGAGGAAGUCUUGAUCUACAUGGUGAAAGGAUAGUUGCUGUGAAGGUACUCAACCUUCAUCAACAUGGAGCAUCCAAAAGCUUCAUUGCUGAGUGCAGAGCAUUGCGGAACAUCAGGCACCAAAAUCUGGUGAAGAUCUUGACAUACUGCUCAAGCAUUGAUUUUAAAGGCAAUGACUUCAAAGCUUUUGUGCUUGAUUUCAUGGUGAAUGGAAGUUUAGAAAUGUGGUUGCAUCCAAAUGAAGAUAGUAGUAGCCAGCCAAGGAAUUUAAAGCUUCUUCAAAGGCUUCGGGUCGCCAUUGAUUUGUCAUCUGCAUUGCAUUACCUUCAUGACCUUUGUGAAACACCAAUCAUUCACUGCGAUCUGAAGCCAAGCAAUAUUCUGCUUGACAAUGACAUGACUGCUCAUGUUGGUGAUUUCGGAUUAGCAAGGCUUCUUUCCAAAACCUCAAGCAACUCUUCUCAGGACCAAACGAGCUCCAUUGGGAUAAAGGGAACAAUCGGCUAUGUGCCUCCAGAAUAUGGAAUAGGUGGCGAGCCAACAACAUAUGGGGAUGUGUAUAGCUUUGGAAUAAUUUUGUUGGAGAUUAUCACAGGACGGAGACCAAUUGAUGAAGUGUUCACAGAUGGUUUGAAUCUCCACAACUUUGUUAGGUCUAAGCUACCGGGACAAGUAAUGCAGGUUCUAGAUCCCAAACUUAUUGCAACAGGAGAAGUGGGAGCAGAAGAAAUUGUUGAAGACAAUGACAGUGAUGAUGGUCAAAGAGAAAUCCAAGAAAAUAAUGUCAAUAUUGAAAAUUUGAAAUUACAGGGAAGCAAUGUGCAAAAAUGUGUUGUAUCAGUCCUCAAAAUAGGACUCGCAUGCUCGGUAGAACUACCAGGAGAUCGAAUGAAUAUGACCGAUGUCACAAGAAAAUUAAACAUUAUUACAGAGGCCUUUCUUCGUGCAAGGACUCACACAGAACGGCAAAUUGUAAACCACAACUAG